AUGGCCAAUUUUAUCCCAACAUUUUUACUGGCAUUGCUAGCAACAACCUCAAUAAUUAUUCAUGGCACAGAUGCAACAGAGUUCUUCGUGAUCAACGCGGCUGGAAGGUCGAAAGGCGGGAAGCUAUUCUCGAGCCAAAUCGGGGAAUCUUACACCAAGAUGAAAAUGGCAACUGCUUCGAAUUUCAUCUUCAAGAUGUUCAACCAAGGCAACGUGACCGAUCGAAAAAAUGUCCACAACAUCACCCUGGUGAUCGACGAUGUAGCCGGGUUUUACCAGACCGAUUGCGAGUUCCACAUCGGAGCAAAGUACCUGGCAAACCUCACCAGCCGUGAAGUGAAGGUCGAGUUCACCGGACUGGUUUACCACUACAUGACCUACGUAUUGGGAUGGGAUGGGAGCGGGAAAGCGCCGGCUGGCUUGCGGUCCGGGCUUGGGGAUUACGUGCGGGCCAAGGCCCAUUAUGGGCCGAGGAAGUAUUGGGCAGGGAAGAUAGAUUUGGGGGCCCGGUGGGACCAGGGAUACGACGUCACGGCCCGGUUUUUGAAUUAUUGUGUUGGGCUGAGGAAAGGGUUUGUAUGGGAGCUGAAUAAGAUGAUGAAGGAUGGGUAUAGUGAUGGGUUUUUCAAGAGCUUGACUGGAAAGGAUGUGGAUCAGCUAUGGCGGGAGUAUAAGGCCAAGUAUGGAAGAAUAAAUUAG